AUGCUUCAGCGAGUUUUCACUCGCAAUUUCUUCCCUGUUGGCCUUCGUUCCGUCUCCUCAAAUCCUCGUAUCGAUGUUGAAGGCCGCUUCCCUCCACCGGUAACCCAGUUGAAUGAGCAUGAAUUGAUGUUCCAAGAUAAUGUUCGUCGUUUUGCCAACAAUGUGAUCAAACCGAUAGUUCGUGAAAUGGACGAUAAAGCCCAGAUGCAUCAAAGCGUUAUUACAGGCUCAUUCGAAAAUGGCUUCAUGGGUGUCGAGGUUCCAGAGAAGUAUGGCGGGCCGGGAUCCUCUUUUUUUGAUACGGUCAUCGUUGUGGAGGAGUUAGCAAGAAUUGACCCGUCGGUUUCCGUUUUUGUUGAUGUGCAAAAUACUCUCGUUGGCCCUCUUGUGAUGACUCUUGGUUCGGAAGAGCAAAAACAAAAAUAUCUUCCAAGAAUUUGCACGGAUUGGAUUGGUUCUUUCUGCCUCUCAGAAGCUAGCAGUGGAUCUGAUGCAUUCGGGUUGAAGACUGUUGCGAAACAAGACUGUGAUGAUUUUGUAAUUAACGGCAACAAACUUUGGAUCACAAAUGCGGGACAUGCAAGCUUUUUUUUGGUUUUUGCCAAUGCAGACACUUCCAAAGGGUAUAAGGGGAUCACUUGCUUCCUUGUUGAUCGUGAUGCGCCCGGUGUCAGCGUUGGAAAAAAGGAAGACAAACUGGGAAUUCGAGCUUCUUCUACAUGCCCAGUUCACUUUGACAAUGUCAGGGUGCACAAAAGUGCAAUCCUCGGUGAUUAUGGAAAAGGUUACAAAUACGCCAUUGAAUGCCUGAACGCUGGUCGAAUUGGUAUUGGUGCUCAAAUGCUUGGUCUUGCCCAGGGUUGCUAUGAUGUUACGAUCCCAUAUCUUCAAGAAAGAAAGCAGUUUGGUAGCCGGCUCAUCGAUUUCCAGGGAAUGCAACAUCAAGUGGCCCAAAUCGCCGUCGAAAUUGAGGCUGCGCGUCUCCUAGUUUACAAUGCCGCUCGUAUGAAAGAAAAUGGUAUCAACUUCGUGAAACAGGCGGCUAUGGCUAAACUCUAUGCUUCUCAAGUGGCAACUACAUGCACAUCAAAGUGUGUCGAAUGGUUGGGAGGUGUUGGAUUUACAAAAGAAUUCCCGGCUGAGAAGUUCUACAGAGACUCCAAGAUUGGCACGAUUUAUGAGGGUACUUCUAACAUUCAGCUCAAUACAAUCGCCAAGCAUGUCGACUCGGAGUAUGCGAAUCGUGGAAAA